UUCAAACAUUUGCAGGCAUGGCCAAAGUUCCAACAUUAUCUCUCAUCAUCCUCCUCCUUUUCUUAGCCAUUUCCCACCCAACAAACUCCCAACAAUUCUCUACAAAAGUCUUCAAGAGGUCAGAGCGGCUAAUUCACUUCCACUUCUUCUUACGCGAAUCCAUCCGUGGCGACGCGCCGUCGGCCUUGGUCGUGGCGCAGGCCCCCACCACCAACACCUACCGAUACUACUUCGGCACGGUGUUUGUCUUCGACGAUCCCCUGACGGAAGGGCCGAACCUGAGCUCGAGGGCGGUGGGCCGAGCUCAGGGGAUGGCCACGUAUGCCGAGGUGGAAGAUCUGGCGCAAUUAGUGGUGUACAAUUACUUCUUCACCGAGGGGAGGUACAACGGCAGCACGCUAAACGUGAUAGGGCGUGAUAUGCCGCGAUUGCCUGAAAGGAAUCUGUCGGUCGUUGGCGGCACCGGCCGUCUUCGGUUUGCGAAGGGGCACGUUCGGAUUAGGGAAUUUUCGGAUGAUGUGGAAAGGGGGGUUUUUGUGGAUGAGCAUGAUGUCUAUAUAUAUUUAUAUAGUACUCCAUAAAUGUAUUGAUCCUCAGUAUGUGUCGUUUUGUG